AUGGCGCCUCGUACCAACAACGGGCAGCCGUCUGAUGCCAGCAACGGGCAGCCAGCUACCGAUACUGGGCAGUCUGUUGCCAACACCGGACAGCCAUCUGUCACCAACGCCGAACAGCCAUCUGGCACCAACAACGGGCAGCCUGCUCCCAGCGCCGGGCAGCCCUCUGUCGCCAACAACGGACAGCCUGCCAUCGCCAACACCGGGCAGCCUGCUACCACCACCGCGCAGCCGCCUGUUAUUGUCAACGGGCUGCCGCCACACCGACAGCGGAAUCAACAGCGACAGCGCCAGCAACAGCGACAGCUCCAACCCUCUCCGCAGCUCACCUACCCCACCAACAAAAGCCCCAUCGUCCCCGGCUCGGCCCAGCUCGACGCCGACUGGAUCGCGGCCUCGCGCGCCUACGACGUCUUCAACAUGGCGCUCCCGGCCGUCAACACGCCCGGCUACAUGGAGACCUGGUCGGCCAAGUGCAACCACAUGCAGGCCAACUUCUGGGCCGCCCUCGACCGCGCCAACCGCGCCAGCCGCCCUCCCCGCGGCGACCGCGGCGACCCCGAGGCCCGUCGCUGCUGGCACUAUCACGACAUGCGCGCCAUGGUGACCUGGUUCCGCCGCUGCUUCGGCAAGCCGCAGCCGGAGGACGACCCAGCCGCCCACGCCGACGGCAUCUGGCGCGACGUGCUCCUGUCAUCUCCUUGGUUUGACUGUCCCGACUUCAUGGACCUGCUGUGGGAGGUUGCCCGCGACCGCAACGGCAACAUGGUGCUCAACCACCUCGGCCAGGGCAUGGUCGUGGAGCGGGAUCCUCGCAAGGCCGAGCUGGAGGAGCAGUUCCUCGACCGCUGGUGGUUCCGCGUUGCGCGACUGCCCGUUCGACGCUGGCCCACUGGCGAUGUUGUCAUGCCCCUCAACGCGGGAGACUUCUUCCGCAUCUAUGGGCCGUGGGCUAGCCUGUGGCCUCAUGUGCGUGAUCCCGAUCUGCUCUACAUCGACUAG